CACCCGUGUAAAGCGUACAGUUCUCAGGUAGCUGCAGCCACCACCACGGUCAAAGCUAGAGCCUUUUCCUCCCCCCAGAAGAGCCCUAGACCUUUAACUAUCUCUGCCCUUAGCCCUGCUCCCCAGCCCCUAAUCUACAGUUCUGCAUUUCUGUUUCCCUGUCCUUAUGCAUUUUUUAAAGCAGAACAGCAGCAGGUGGGGUGACUGGAGGCCAGGAAGUGCUGGCGAGUGCUUGUCAGGGUCCUGGCCCUCUUUGUGGCCAUAGUUGGAGCCAGAGUCGGGACUCAGGGUCCUUUCCGCUGCUCCAGGCAUGUAGACUCCGUUCACGUCAGCCAGCACAGAGCAUAACGGAAAAAUGGAUCUUCCAGAAGAGUCCACGGGGGUCUCAGAACCCAAGGUGGUGGGGCUGGCCCUGACCCAGCCCGAGCGGGAAGAAGUUCCGGAGCAAGCCCCAGCUGGCGCGCUACCUGGGCGGCUCCAUGGACCUGAGCACCUUCGACUUCCGCACGGGCAAGAUGCUGAUGGGCAAGAUGAACAAGAGCCGGCAGCGGGUGCGCUACGACUCCCCGAGCCAGGUCAAGGGCAAGCCCGACCUGAACACGGCCCUCCCGGUCAGGCAGACGGCGUCCAUCUUCAAGCAGCCAGUGACCAAGAUCACCAACCACCCCAGCAACAAGGUGAAGAGCGACCCGCAGAAGGCCGUGGAGCAGCCCCGUCAGCUCUUCUGGGAGAAGAAGCUGAGCGGCCUGAAUGCCUUUGACAUCGCAGAGGAGCUCGUGAAGACCAUGGACCUCCCCAAGGGCUUGCAAGGCGUGGGUCCCGGCUGCACGGAUGAGACGCUGCUCUCGGCCAUCGCCAGCGCCCUACACACCAGCACCUUGCCCAUCACUGGGCAGCUCUCAGCCGCCGUGGAGAAGAACCCCGGGGUGUGGCUCAACACAGCCCAGCCGCUCUGCAAGGCCUUCAUGGUGACCGAUGAGGACAUCAGGAGGCAGGAGGAGCUGGUACAGCAGGUCCGCAAGCGGCUGGAGGAGGCGCUGAUGGCCGACAUGCUGGCCCACGUGGAGGAGCUGGCCCGGGACGGCGAGGCGCCGCUGGACAGGGUGGGCGCCGACGAGGAUGAGGAUGACGAGGACCAGGAGGAGGGGCCCGACCAGGACCAGGAGAUGGAGCACGUCUAGAGCGGGCACUGGCCGGGUCCCAGGCUCCAUCUCGCGCGGGUAGCGACCACGGGUGAGGGGUGGUCCGGGUCCCUGGGACCUGCCUUGUGCCAGUGGCAGCAGUGCUGGGCCGGGCGCCUCCCGAGAGCACCUGUCUUCAAGGAGGACGGCCCGCCAGGCACUGAUGGCGCCCUCUCUGUCCCUGCACGGGCCCCACCCGCCCGUGGGCCAC